AUGUCGACCUUUGCUUCGAGCUCGCGAAGGGCGCGUGCCUCAAUCGCAGCUCCCACCUUCGCGUCCACAUCCGCCGCAUCUUCCUCUCGCAUCAACGAUCGUGAUGGACUGAGGCGGCAAUCGACCGCAACUCUCUCGCGACCACGCUCUGACCUGCUACAGACCGACUUAUCCGACAUCGACUCUCGAGACUCAACCAACACGCGUAGUUCCUCCCGGCUACAACGCCCGCUUGACGAAGAGUUCGACGAUGUCGUCAGCGAGGAAGAUGUCGAUCAAGAAGCUCUUGAUGAGCUGCUCGUCCUCGAGCAAGUCACACCUCGUCCGAACCGUCGCAUCCGUAUCGAAUCCGUCGACAUCGAUACUACGCAGACCGCGCUUGAUCGCUUCCGUCUGCGGGAGCAACGAGGCGACAAAAUGGCCAGAGCAUCCUUCGCAGGACCUUCUGAAAGGACAGCACGACAAGGCACUACAACCCGCUCGCUAGCAUCGACGCGAUCUAGACAAAGUGCUCCUUUGGCCCGCACUUCUGACCUGCAGCCAUCGGGCUCACGAAGCAUGCAUACAGCGCGCAGCGAGAUCUCUGUCGCACCUACCACGUCGCGUCGCAGUCUGCGCUCCAAAGUCAGCGCGGUCGGCUUUGUUGAAGCGUCGGAGGACGAAUCUAGGGCCAACACGACCAUGACACGACCAGGACAGCGGCUACGUCCGUCCCUUGCGCAUCCCGACGGACGACUCGACGUGCCUACUAUCGAAGAGCGAUGCGCUGCCCUUGUUAUCAACGCAAAGGGCGUCCUCCACUUCUACUUGAAUCUCUAUGACGAUGGCUGGAAGGCCGGCUCGUUUGACGAUAUGCUUCGCAACUGGACGCCGUUCGAAUCGUACAAAACCAAUCAGCUGCUCGCUGAAGCUCAGUAUAUGCAUCACUUCGUCGAUAUCGAGGAAGUCACGCGCUCAUUGCGCGCCUCGGGUCAGCCUCGUCCCGAUGGCUUCGAAGAGGCCAUGAAGAUGGCCAAUUGCGCCACUUUCGUCCACUAUAUCCAUCAGCUUCCCACCGAUCCUGCACAGUAUGGGCGACGCAAUGGUCACUCGAUCACCGGCGCAGAUGUGGUCCGCGCGCCGUUGAGGAACAUCAGCGAACUUAGCGAUGCACGUCGCAUCUUUCUGCGAUGGAUUCUGCCCUUCGACUGGAACCUCAGUGACGAGGUGCUCAACAUGCUUCUCGACAUGAGCAUCCAGAUCUUCAUCCAUCGCCUUGAACGCAUCGUCGAGGCGGUCCGUGCCGGCGAGAUGGCCGAAGACGUCGCGCGUGCCGCCGUCUCAGAUCACCUCAUUGAUCUAACGAGCGGCGACGUGGUCCGUCAUUCGCUGCAACGCGUCAAGAAGCAGCGUGGAAUGUCUCGAGCCGAGAUCGAGCGCAUGGUGCAACGCUACGAGACGUUCGCCAAUGUCCGGCAGAUCGAUCUUCAGUCUAUGUUGUUCGACUACGAGGCCAUGCGUGAGGAGUUCUCGUUCCACAGCAUGUCGGCCGAUCUAACUGGCUAUGUGCGCGAUGUGGUCCGAGAGGUCGAUGCCGGCAUGCAUUCGACUACGUUGCCGCUCAUCAUGGAUCGGCUUGCGCGCGAAUCGAGCGUGUUUAGCGCGUCCGAUGUUCCUGAUGUCAAAACUGGUUCGAGCUCGGUCAUUGGCGGCAGGAACGACGAUUCGUCCAGCGUGAUUGCGCCGCCGAGUCAAUCGACUCCGAAAGCGGCAGUGCAGGGCACGCAUCCGUCGCAACCAUUCGCCUCUCAAUACGCUGGUUGGUUGGAAGAAAUGCUCGAUGAAGACGAAGCGCAGGGUGAUUCGCAGCAAACAAGACUCGCCAGAACGUCCCGGGGUCAGAUCCCUGAUGUUGGCCUCACAGAGUCGCAAAGACUUCGCGAACUCAACGCCAUGAUGGAGGAGUCUGCCACUGAUCCAAGUAUCGAUCUCAAUGUCGCCUCCAGUCCUCCACGCGCAAACAGGCUCGGUGCACGUCUCUCGGCGGCGCUGAACAGCUCCGGGCGCACCUCGACACGCAAUCAACGCCAACCGUCCGAACAGGGGGUGCCCUCUGAAAGCAGCGAUGCCACUGGGGCUGUAAGACCGCGUCGAAAUCGCGAUGGACCCUUUGACUCGCCCGCCAAGGAGAAGGCAAGCAGGCUAGGCUUCGACAGCCAGAAUCGUCUGGUGCGACGCACUUCCGAGGGCACCCGGAAGAACCAGCGGCUAUUGGAUGGGUCAGCUGCAGCAGUGCGGGAAUCUCGUUUCGAUUCGCAAGGGGAGGAGGAAGAAGACGUGUUCCUUGACAAUGCUGUUCAGGGCGGCGGAAAGCGUGGGAGGAGAAAGGGAAAAGGCAAGACAAAAGCAACAGCUCCACCAGCUGACGUCGAAAUAGCAGCACAAACAACACCGAGACCUAGACGGAACCUGCGAUCGAAUGCCGCACAACGACGUCAGAGCCCGACAGAAGAACCAGCUGCGGACAGCGAUGCGGUCGAAAGUGACCUGGAAGCACGCCCGACCGCUAGGAGGACGGGUUCUCGCAGUGCGUCUAGACGGUUGCAGCUCAAGCAAGAGUCUCUCAGUCCUGCCAAACGUCAAGCACAACAAGUUGCGGGACAGGCAGCGACAACAGCAGAGCGGACCAGAGUCACUCCUUCGCAACUUGCGAAGAAUGCCAAUGUCGCGGGUGGCGCUACUGGUCUUGGACGAGGUUUGCCCGAAGGCGAAGAUGCGCGGUCGCAAGCCCGCAUCCUGUCCACCGCUUCCGGUCGGCUGCAUGAAGAUCGAGAAAGCAGCGACGACGAUGCGGGUGAAGCAGGCGACCCGAUUGCUGUGAACCGGGUUGAAGGGAUCCAGGCAGAGCUGGGUGCGACACGAGCCACGCCGGACGAAGCUUUUAUCGGCGACGAUGACCAAGCCGUGCUCGACCAUCGAGCGGCCUUGGAUGCUGCCAUUGCUGCAAAGAAGCCUCGGCCAGGGACGUUGCAUUUCUACCGUCCUGAAGCAGACGACGACGCCGUGCCGCUUGGUGGGUUGCAAGAUGGACCGCCUGAAGAAGGCGUGGAUGUAGAUGCGAUCGCUAUGCGCAAUGGCGAUGCUGUGGCAGACAUACUUCGCUCAAGCAACGCUGUCCCUUCGCGGCGCAUUGGACCGUAUCGUCCAGAGAAUGGACGCGGGCGUCCACUGCGAGAAGAACCCGCUCCCGCAGUGGAUCGUUACUCAGAAGAAGAAGUGGACGAACUUGAAGACGAUGCCGCUGCCGACGACCCUGGCAGCACCCGCCAUCGUCGCCGCCGUAACAACACGCACGUCGAGCCGGAGGGUCAAGCGGUGCGUGUGGAACCGUACAAGCGUUCGAACCUCUACAUCACCGGCCACAACAUGACGGGACGUUCACGAUGGACGCAACCCGAGGUAGAUUGCCUGCUCGACUCGCUGCACGAGCUCGCGCGUUACAAGAAAGUGGCGCCCAAAUUCAAAGUCUACACGGAGGUUCUCAUGCGACACGGAGUCAACGGCACACGAUCGCGCAUGUUGGCACGGUGGAACAAUGUGCAGUUGAAGGACAAGUCGCGAAACGAGCUCAUCAGGAUGAAAAGAGAGGGGCAGAGGAUCCCGUACUGGAAGCGAUUGCUGCAUCCGAACAUCUGGAAACCUCCACCGGUGGUGACGGCGAGUGGGAGGAGGCGGGACGAGACUGAAGACGUUCCGGAUCUGGGGUCGGAUGUGGAAGUGCCUCAGGAGGAAGGGGGUGAGGACGCGGAGGAUCCGAUUCUCGAGGUGGACGAGGAGGCUCGAGAGGUCGAGGGUGGCGCGGAGGCGGGCGAGGAAGCGCCUGCGGACGGCGUCCAGGUUGUCAUUGGAGAUGACGAGGAGGUUGAGGAGGAUUAG